UUUUUGUCAGUUUUCUCUUUAACCUACUUGUGAAAAUUUCUUUGAGAUGGUUGAUGUACAGGUAAGGUUUUGGUUCUUUGCUGUUCUCUCUUCUGUGGUAGCAGGUUUACAUUUGUUUGACAUUUUUUUUUAGAUGAGACGCUCAACAGAAUUUAGUGGAAAUUAUAUCCUUUAUUCACCAAAUUUGGAGCAGUUGGCUUAUGACUUCUCUUCUUUAAUAUCAUCUCAUCUCUCUUCAUUGAUCUUAUAUUAUAGUCAUGUUGUUUAAUUGGUUCAUGAAAAAUUUGUAUUAGGAAAUCUCUGUGAAGUGUUAAAUCUUUUGUAGCUGUUUACAUGCUGUGUGUGUUUAGAAGGAAGCUUGGUUUCUUUUAUUCAAGAAUCCGAUGGGUUAUCAGGAAACGUGUGAGGGCCAGAGUUAUCGUCAGGAGGUUCAGGAAAGCAAGGUGGAGAGCUCGAAGAAAGGAGACCCCGGAAACGGAAGUUCCUUCUAUCCAUCUAAGCUCAAAAUCCAGAAGACAUAUUCGGGUUGCCACGUUUAACGUGGCAAUGUUCUCACUUGCUCCUGUUGUGCAAAAUAUGGAGGAAACAGAUUUUCUUGGUCACAUAGAUAGCAACAACAUCACAUGCCCACCCUCUCCAAAAGGGAUUUUGAAGCAGUCUCCGUUACAUUCUUCUGCAGCCAGGAAACCAAAGGUCUGCAUUAAUCUCCCAGACAAUGAGAUUUCUUUAUCACAGAGCUACAGCUUUCUGAGUAUGGUAGAGAAUGAUAACGACGGGAAAGAAAACAGAGGAAAUAUCUCGAUGAGAUCUCCUGUAUGUCUUCCUUCUUGUUGGUGGGAUCAAGAGAGCUUUAACGGUUACAGCAGCAGAAGAAGCAUAGCUGAGUUGUUAAGAGAGUUAGAUGCAGACAUCUUGGCUUUGCAAGAUGUGAAAGCAGAGGAAGAGACACUUAUGAAGCCAUUAUCAGAUUUGGCUUCUGCCUUAGGUAUGAAAUAUGUGUUUGCAGAGAGCUGGGCGCCGGAGUAUGGCAAUGCUAUACUGUCAAAAUGGCCCAUAAAGAAGUGGAGAGUUCAGAGAAUUGCCGAUGCAGAUGAUUUUAGGAAUGUGUUGAAAGUGACUAUAGAGGUUCCAUGGGCUGGAGAAGUAAACGUGUAUUGUACUCAGCUUGACCAUCUAGAUGAGAACUGGCGGAUGAAGCAAAUCGAUGCAAUUACUCGAGGAGAUGAGUCUCCCCACAUCUUGCUUGGAGGCUUGAAUUCUCUUGAUGGCUCUGAUUAUUCCAUAGCAAGAUGGAACCACAUCGUAAAGUAUUACGAGGACUCAGGAAAGCCUACGCCUAGAGUUGAAGUGAUGAGAUUUCUCAAGGGAAAAGGAUACUUGGACUCUAAAGAAUUUGCAGGAGAAUGUGAGCCUGUAGUCAUUAUUGCCAAAGGCCAAAAUGUACAAGGAACAUGCAAGUAUGGGACACGGGUAGACUACAUUCUUGCAUCUCCAGAGUCACCUUACGAAUUUGUUCCUGGCUCGUAUUCAGUUGUUUCUUCCAAAGGUACUUCUGAUCAUCAUAUAGUCAAAGUCGAUUUAGUUAUAACCAAAGAGCGAUCACAAGGUAGCUUCAAAUAUUCGCGCAAGAAAGCAAAGCAGAAGAUCUUUCAGAUAAAAGCUAAUUUGAUGUCCGGAGAUACAUGGAAACUAGGAAAUCUUAUGUCUUCAUAAAAGUUGGCCAUUAAGGAACA